CUCUUACCGCCGACAUCGCCCUCGUCUCCGAUUAAGUGCUGCACGAGCAUGUCAACGUUUACUGAACACCUGGGCACGAACUACACCCCAGAGGACGAUGAAAUUGACGUCAUAAAGUCGUAUAUUGACCGCGUCUCGCCUGCGCUGCGAAAUGCCGAAUCGGAGAUUGCUGAGAUGCAAAAGGCCAUGGACGCGCUUGUGGCUCAACGAGACACGAUUCGCGGCGACAUCGAUGCUCAUAAAUCACUCAUAACCCCCAUUCGCCGCCUUCCCCUUGAUUUGCUCGAGCGAAUCUUCAUCGAAUGUCUUCCUGAGGAGCGGAAUUGUGUUAUGUCUGCCACGGAGCCCCCACUUCUGCUUGGGAGAGUAUGCAGCUCGUGGCGCAGCUUGGCGUAUGAAACGCCCCGUCUAUGGUCCCGGCUUCACGUCUACAUCCCCAACAACAACGUCUCGUUUUCGCGAUUCACCCAUGUCCCAGACUCACCAUCGCCAAGACUCAAAAAAAUCCAGGAACAGCGCAUGGCGGUAGUCAACUGGUGGCUUUCCAACUCAGGGAACUGUCCGCUUUCCAUUUCCCUCUAUCUUCCUGGCGGUGGCUCCAUUGCCGACAUUCUCGACCAACUCCGGGAAUUCUCGAUGCGUUGGGAACAUAUCAGCAUCCGAACGAACUCCGAUGUACUCAAGUGUCUUGUAACGAUGACACGGGAGGAAGUACCGCUCCUUCGCUCUUUUGCAGUUUUCGAGCGGUCCACCGCCAGAACCGACGACAUGGCUGCGUUCAUGCAGUUAAUGCAGCAAGCUGGCAACGCGCCAAACAAUGCAUUCCCAAUGCCCGCUAACCCCAUUCCAAACGCCAAUGCAGCGCUUGCCAACCCUAACCCAAACGCCAAUCCCAUCCCAAACGCCAAUGCCCCCGCCAACCCUGCUGCGGCACCGCUGUUUAUGGGAAUGCAGCCGCAGGUCGCGCUAGGGAAUCUGAUGAACUUCCACUUUGCCAUUCCUGCACCUGCACCGGCGCCUGCAACGAACCAGCCUAACCCACCGGCACUUAAUCCUCCCCCAGCCAAUCAGCCCGCUUUAAAUUUGCCUAUUAUCAAUAACGUGCCUGCACCUAAUCCACCCGCAACUAACCAACCCGCGCUUGGCCAACCCGCGCUUAACCAGCCCGCGCCUAACCAACCCGCGCCUAACCAACCCAUCUUAAACCCACCUACGGCUAAUCCUCCUUUGCCCAACCCACCUAUAGGUCACCAUCCCGCUCCUCCCAACUUGCAUCUUGGAUUCCCUCAACCGUGGAAUACAAUUUUUGGUGUCCCUGGCCAACCUCCACCCGGCCCGACUGAACCCGAACCUGAGCCACCCCUUUGGGAGACCGCUGCCAUACUUACCGCCCCGAUCCUCUCCUCACUCUCACUGACUUCCGCUGCAUUCAAUCUGUUUGAGUUGCCAAUCCAAUGGGCCCAAAUGACCGAGCUCAAUCUUGAAAAGCAGGGUCUUCCCGGAGUUGGGUCUGUUACCAGUCGCGAGGUCGUCAGACUUCUUGGUCGAUGUCAAAAUCUGGUCACUUUGCGGGUAACGGUCCAGGACCUAUUUGUGCCUACCGCGGUGGAUAUCGAGGGCCGGGUCCUGCAAGAGAAGCUCGAAACGUUCCAUCUCUCCUAUUCGACGGGGUACAACGGAACCACUCCCCCACAACGAUCGCCUUUCCGCUUGAUUGGGUCGCACUUGCACUUGCCGGGUUUGCUUCAUUUCCACCUCGACGGCAGCUCUGGCGGUAUCGACAUGACAAACGAAUUUUUUGCCCAAAACUUCUUGACGUUGGCUCCCGCUCUAAAAUCGGUGCAUAUCGGGGUGUGGAUGUUUUCAGAAGCUGAACUAAUCGGUCUCAUUUCGAACCUCCCGCCCACCUUGCGUAUACUCUGCUUCCCAGCUGGCCACGGCCCCGGGCCAUUUGAGGUCGGCGCUCCGAUUGGAGACGGGAUUUUGACCGCGCUCUUGCCGAUUGAAGACGUAAUGCCGCUCCCCGAACUGCAUACUUUGGAGAUACACGCACGUGCUGGGUUUUCGGAGUCGUUCCUGCUCCAGUUCAUCGAGCAGCGCCUUUCGAGUCUGCAGAAGGUGCUGGUCCACUUCCAGCGCUACAAUCCGCGCUCGUGGGGCGUCAAUCCGCCGCAACAGCAGCCGGAGAGGAAGAAGAUGACGUCGGAGGAAGCGGCGCGCUUGAAGGCGCUUGUGAAAGGGGCCGAGAAGGGCCUUAAACUCGAUCUCAAGUACCCGGACAAGCACCCGCGGGUGUCGAUGUCGCCGUGGAUGGGCCUGGGCCAAGACGAGCGGGAGCGGGACAGCCUCUUCUUCUUCGACUAG